AAAUUAUAAUAUGGAAUAGAAAAAGAUUGGAAUAUUGAGGCAUUAAGCAUUUCCUUCUUAGCGAUUUUUCUCCCCUCUUUUCAUUUUCCCCACUCCUUCCCUUCACAUGCUUCUGCAAUUUUUUUUUGAAACAAUCGGGAAUUAGGGCUAAGGAUUUGGCCUUAUUCUUCAAGAGAAAAACAUCUGUGCUUCUCCCACUUGUAUUUUCGGGUCAGGUUAUUUGCAAUAGUCAUGAUUGAUAAACAAAUUGACAGUAAAGAUGUCGAAACUCUGCAGAAUGGAGAUGAGAGUAGAUCUCUUCAGAUAAAGUUUCUGUUUUUUGCUCGUGCUAGAGAUCUGACCGGCAUGACUGAAAUGCCAUUGGAAGUUUCUUAUGGUAGUACUGCUGGUGAUUGCUUGAAUAAGGUCAUUUCUCACUUCCCACGCUUGGAAGAGAUUCGUGGGUGCAUGCUUCUUGCACGGAAUGAGGAAUACACACCUGAGUCCACCACUGUCAAAGAUGGAGAUGAAUUGGCCAUUAUACCUCCUAUUAGUGGAGGCUAACUCAGUUUCUGAACUGCAAAACGUCUGUUAUACUUGUAUCCAUGUAAUCAUUUUACUAAAUUAUGUUGUUUUAUUCCCUAAUACAAGAAUCAAUUUUUUUCACUAUGUUCUGUUGAAAUCAUUGAAUCUGCAAUCUAAGAACAGACUCCCUUGAUCUUCUGUUA